AUGACUAGAAAGAAGGUGAAACUCGCUUUUAUCACCAAUGAUUCCGCUAGGAAAGCAACCUUCAAGAAAAGGAAGAAGGGAUUGAUAAAAAAGGUAAGUGAGUUGAGUACUUUAUGUGGUGUUAACGCUUGUUUGAUUCUUUAUAGUCCUUAUGACGGCCAACCUGACAUUUGGCCUUCUCCUAUGGGAGUCCACCAAGUGAUUGCUGAUUUCAAAGGGAUGUCUGAGAUGGAUCAGAGUAAAAAGAUGGUAAACCAGGAGAGUUUUCUAAAGCAAAGAAUCAACAAAGCUAGUGAACAACUCAGAAAACAACGUCGGGACAAUCAUGAUAAAGAGAUUACUCAAAUUUUAUUUGAAAGCCUAAUAGGGAAAUCAUUGUCAAAUUUAAACAUGGGAGCUUUAAACGAUCUCGCAUGGAUGAUCCACAAUUUCUCAAAUGAUGUCCAGAAAAAUAUUGAUAAACUUAUGAAUAGUGGUCAAAAUUCUCAAGAAACACCAAGUCUAGAUAUCAAGUUAAAUGCCAUGGAUGAUAUUAAGAAUUCAAUGAAGGAGAAAUCCUGGUUAGUUGAAGGAGAAACUCCAGUUGCAACCGCGGAGCCGCCGAACCCGAAGAACUCCCCCCCGCUGAUACAGGAAGGACCAGCCAAAACCAACCAGGCCGAGGCAGAUUGCACCAUGGUCGGUAGAGCCAGCGUCGGAGCACGGUAG